AUGGCUCGCCGCCGUCGACCCCCAAGGCCUGGCGCGCUCGCGGAUGUCGCCCCGUUGCGCAUCUUGACCCAGAUCGUCCUCCUCCAGCUCGCCUACUAUCUGUCUGCCGCCGUCCUGAUCGUCUUCACCGCCCUCGUUGCAGGCCGCGACGUCAGCCUCGACCUUCUGCUCAGCUGGCGCAGCCUGCGUGGUGACGUGACUGUCGGCUGGAUGCUGGGGCUUGUGUGGAUGCUCAACAGCUUGAUCUGCGUCAUAUACCUUCUCCUACUAGUUGCGCGCUCGAAACUGAUACCCGACUUCGCCCUCACCAUCCACUUCCUCCACCUCAUCAUCACCUCGCUGUAUUCGCACUCGAUACCGUCGCACUGGCUGUGGUGGACCGUCCAGCUGGCAAGUGCUGCUUUGAUGACGUUUCUGGGAGUGUGGAGCUGCCAGUGGAGGGAAUUGCAGCCCAUCAACUUCGGUGGAGGCGGUGGCCCCAGUCGUCCGUCGAAACGUGUUGACGCUCCCGUCAACGACUCGCAGGAAGGCGAGGGCGCAAGCUACGGACGCGGCCGAGGCCGAGGAAGAGGGCAGUACGAAAUGGUGCCCAUCAAGGAAGCAGACGAGAAUGUGUAG